ACCACGUGCUUUCCCAUUGGAGCUUGCGGAGUGACGUCGCGUUCCUUUCCCGGAAGUGAAGAGCUCCCUCGGUCGGCACUCAGUUGGACGUUGGAGAUCCGCGCAGCCUUCCAGCACAUUUCUGCCGCAGGAGCUGAAAAGAACAAUGGUGUGCAUUCCCUGCAUAGUCAUUCCCGUUCUGCUGUGGGUCUAUAAAAGGUUCCUUGAGCCGUAUCUUUAUCCCAUCAUCUCACCUUUCAUCAAGCGCAUUUGGCCAAAGAGAGCAGUGCAGGAAACAGCAAAGAAAGACCAAAAAGGCAGCACUGAAAAUAGGCGUGAGUUGUACGACUCCAUGGAUGAUUCUAAAACUGAAAGCAACGGCAUCGCAAAUGGAUUUGCUGAAAGUGGUCCACCAGGGGUUUCUGAGAAAAAGACUGAUUAAGUAAGCUGGUGCUGUGGGAUCGUGGUUACUUUAAGAAAAUGAGCUGAUGAUGCUGUUCCCACUUGGAAAUUUAAUUGCACUUUUUUUCUGAAAGGAAACUUGGAACCUGCAUACACACAGGCAGACACCUAGGAAAAUUUAGGAUACUAUUUUCUUUGUAGCUGGAAAAGAUUUAACAUGUUGUCUUGCUCUGCUUGACAUUCUCAGUACAGGAGAACCUUUCCCAAUGCAGUGCAGUUUAUGGUGUUAGCAUUUUAGGCUCCAGUUUUUUACACUGCUGUGUAACUGUCAAAAUUGUGACUUGUUUCGAAGAACUUCCUGGGACUCAACUUCCACACAACUUCUUAUACGCUUGUCUUUAAAAAGCUAGAUGACUUAUGUAUUAUAGCUGAAGAGAACAGCACUGUAAAUACUCAAGACACUAAUAAUAAAUAUUAAUAGCUGUUCACUCACUUUUUCUCAAACCAUCCCUGCAAAA